CAACCCCCACGUGGGCUGUGGAAGUGACUCCUGUCAACACUGACGAGAAAACCGCGCAGGAGCUCAGGCAACCCGUUUCACGUGCACCUUAAGGGAAAACUAAUGCAAAUAUAUUGCAAGAGUUUGAUCGAGAAGCUAGCCCCAGCAGAAUGGCGUCAGUCGCAAAACGACCCAAGUUAGACGGAGGUUCGACUUUAGCUGCUUCUUCAGACGACCGUCUCCAGGACUUUUUGCGCUGGUGCGAUACGGUGGGAUUGACGCUCAGCGAUAAGGUGUACCUGAGCAGAGACGGCACAGUGGCGGAGUAUGGCAUGCUGGCGAGGGAGGACAUCGAGGAGGGCGAGGUCAUCUUCUCCAUUCCCAGGACUGCACUCCUGUCUCAGGGAACCUCCCGGGUCAAAGCCGUGCUGGAGGAAGGUAAGGACUCGCUGGAGAGUGCCUCAGGAUGGGUCCCCCUCCUGAUGGCCCUGAUGUGGGAGUACACCAGUCCCGAAUCGCACUGGAGACCCUACCUCUCCCUCUGGCCCAACUUCAAAGCCCCGGACCACCCCAUGUUCUGGUCUAAGGAGGAGCGGGCAAGCCUGCUGCAGGGAACGGGGGUCCCGGAGGCGGUGGACACGGACCUGGCCAACAUUCAGAGGGAGUACAGCGACAUCGUCCUGCCGUUCAUCCGGGCGCACUCCGACCUGUGGAGCCCCGAGAAGCACACGCUGGAGCUCUACAGAAGCCUGGUGGCCUUCGUCAUGGCCUACAGUUUUCAGGAACCUCUGGAGGAGGAGGAAGAGGAUGAUGAGAAAGAUCCCAACUUCCCCAUGAUGGUGCCAGUGGCAGACAUGCUGAACCAUGUGGCCAAUCACAGCGCUAAUCUGGUGUACACACCUGACUGUCUGAAGAUGGUGUCAGUGCGGCGUAUUGGGACAGGAGAGGAGGUCUUCAACACGUACGGGGAGAUGGCCAACUGGCAGCUGCUGCACAUGUACGGCUUUGCCGAGCCGUAUCCCGGCAACAGCCACGACACGGCAGACAUACAGAUGUCCAGCGUUUACAAAGCGGCCGUUCAAGCAGGGCAGAGCCAGGCUGAGCAUCGCCUCCUGGUGGAGAAGUGGAGCCUGCUGUGCGAGAUGGAGAUGGUGGGGGAAAAGGGCGUGUUCAUCUUCGGCCGCGCGGGCUCGCUCACCGUCACGGAGCUCUACCACACACUGAAGAUCCUCUGCAUGUCUGCGGAGGAGUUUGAAGAGUUCAGGGAGAACGAGGGCUGGGAAGAGGUGGAGGAAGAGGAGGAUGAGGAUGAGAAGAUGAUGCAGGCACUCUCCAAUGAGGGGAUCCCGCAGCUCCCUCCGGCCUGGAGGCGGCUGCUCCGCGCUGCGGCCCGCCUCACCCUCGACCAAUACCGCGGCGACCUGAAGGAGGACAAGGACCUGCUGGAGGCCCGGGAGGCGUACGCCCGGCUGGGCAGCAGGGAGAGACACGCCCUGCAGGUGCGGUACGGCCAGAAGGUGGUCCUGCACCAGCUGCUGGAGCUGACCCAGCCCUAACCCGCGGGGCCAGAGCGACCGGGACCGUGAAUCACGGUCCAACCGCAGCAGCGCAAAGCCCUCCUACGUACCAGGAAGUUCCUGAGCGUGUGGUUCCAAGACGAAAAAAUGUAACGGAAAAACACUCAAAAUGGACCGUGCUUUCAGGAUAUGGUUGUUUGUACAGUGCAUGGAGCACCACUGCAGCAAAAUGUUGUGUCCCACAGAGUAAAAGGCAAAUCAGACUAUAUUUAACUUCACUUCCAGGUUUUCUCCGCCGUCAUUUUGAAAUGAAACCUGACACUACCAGUACCUUUUUUGAAACUGUAUACAAUUCUUUACAACAUUAGGCUUUUGGAGGUAAUCGAACCUUCAUGAACGCAGACCUGCCACAUGAUGAAAAUUUAAAUAAACCCUGUGUAUGACAGUUGUAGAAGACACUCCUUAGUCUAGAGAGAAUUGCACUAUUUCAGUUUGAGACUGAGCAAUUAUGUUGAAAUAUCCAAAAGUGUUUCCCUGUAAUAGGAUCAUCUUUCUGGGCCAUGGUCCAAUCACAGUGGCUAAAUUUCUGUGUUUGUGCCUUUCCCUGCCUUUGCAUAGAGGCAUGUGACUGAGGACCCUAACCAAUCAGAGGGCAGAAGACUGACAAUCUGCCAGAUCUUUUCUAACUGGUCAGCAGGGCUCAUCACAGUAGUGUAUACAGGAAAACUGACAUUACUGUGGAAAUAGAUGUAGAAUUUAUUUCCUGCUUGGUCUUUCAGAUAAAGCAUAUUCCAUUAAAAAAGGCCAAUACAGUGUACAAUUCACUUCCCACAGUAGACC